CCGCACGGCUCGGGCGGGGUGCUGGUUUGCUAGCGAGUGUGAAACCGCGUGUUAAUGUAAGCGGCGCAAGAGGCGCGGGCGGCGGCAGGAGCAGCGGCGGGGACCCCCGCGUCCCGGGGCAGAAGCCGGGACUCGCCUUCGACGUGGCCCGUCGCGGAGGGAGACGGAGCGGCAGCGCGCUCUCCGUCGCGUGGACGUUUGCCUCCGGGUCGCGAGAGAACUUUGCGGUGGCAGGAGCUGGUCAGCCCUCUGCUAAGAGCCGACGAGGGGAAGGCAGGCGCAGGGAGCGCCGGAGCCGCGGAGAGCGUCCGGCGGCCUGAUGCCCGGGGUAGAGGCGCGGCGGGCGGCCAAAGAGCUGCACCGGGAUCACUAGCCACCGACUGGAGGGAGGGCGCAUACUGGCUUGACCCUGCCAGGACCCCGCUUCGGCUUCGAAGCCCCACGCCCCGCCGGAGUCUCUGCAACGCCGGUGGAGAGCCGCCGGUAACCCGGAGCACACCGUCGUGGGAGCGGGUGACCUCCCGACCGGAGACGCGGCUCUCGCCGCUGGCUGUCUACGUGGGUUUAAGUCAAGGCGCCACCUGCGCGGCCGCCGACGCAGGGAGGAGACACACAGCUCUCCUGCAUUUGUGAGCCGCCGAAGGGAGCGCGCCGGGGGCACCGGGUGGAGGGCCACCGGAGGUCCGGGAGCCCCCGCUGCGCAGACUCGCAAGCGCGGGGCCGGCCGAGCCGCCCGCGAUGUGGCCCUGAGGGCGGGGGCCGCACCCGUCGCGCCCUGGCCUUGCAUCCCGAGUGCCCCGUGCGCCGGCCUGCUGCGCUGCUUCGCGUUCCUCGGCGGGAUUCAAGUUGGAAGUGGCGCGGAGGAUAGAGCUAUCCCGGAACAGAGCCGCGGCUGCCGCCAGAGCGAUGUUCCCGCAGAGCCGGCACCCAACGCCGCACCAAGCUGCAGGCCAGCCCUUUAAGUUCACUAUCCCGGAGUCUCUGGACCGGAUUAAAGAGGAAUUCCAGUUCCUGCAGGCGCAGUAUCACAGUCUUAAAUUGGAGUGUGAGAAACUGGCAAGUGAAAAGACAGAAAUGCAGAGGCACUACGUGAUGUAUUAUGAAAUGUCAUAUGGAUUAAACAUUGAAAUGCAUAAACAGACUGAAAUCGCCAAGAGAUUGAACACCAUUUGUGCCCAAGUCAUCCCAUUUCUGUCUCAGGAACAUCAACAACAGGUGGCCCAGGCUGUGGAACGUGCCAAACAGGUGACCAUGGCAGAGUUGAAUGCCAUCAUCGGGCAGCAGUUGCAAGCUCAGCAUCUCUCCCAUGGCCAUGGACCCCCAGUACCUCUCACGCCUCACCCUUCAGGACUACAGCCUCCUGGCAUCCCACCCCUUGGGGGCAGUGCCAGCCUUCUCGCGCUGUCUAGUGCUCUGAGUGGGCAGUCUCACUUGGCAAUAAAAGAUGACAAGAAGCACCAUGAUGCAGAGCGCCACAGAGACAGAGAGCCUGGCACGAGUAAUUCCCUCUUGGUCCCAGACAGCCUAAGAGGCACAGAUAAACGCAGAAAUGGUCCAGAGUUUUCCAGUGACAUCAAAAAAAGGAAGGUGGAUGAUAAGGAUAACUAUGACAGUGAUGGGGACAAGAGUGAUGACAACUUAGUUGUGGAUGUGUCUAAUGAGGACCCUUCUUCUCCACAUGCAAGCCCCACACACUCACCCCGGGAAAAUGGAAUUGACAAAAACCGUCUGCUGAAGAAAGAUGCUUCAGGUAGCCCAGCAUCCACAGCCUCCUCUGGAAGUUCCUCUUCCCUGAAAUCCAAAGAAGUGAGCCUGCAUGAAAAAGCCAACACUCCUGUUCUGAAAUCCAGCACACCGACGCCUCGGAGUGACAUGCCAACCCCAGGCACCAGCGCUACUCCAGGCCUGCGUCCAGGUCUCGGCAAGCCUCCAGCCAUGGAACCCCUUGUCAACCAAGCAGCAGCUGGCCUGAGGACGCCCCUGGCGGUGCCUGGCCCAUACCCUGCCCCCUUUGGCAUGGUGCCCCAUGCGGGCAUGAACGGAGAGCUGACCAGCCCUGGUGCUGCCUAUGCAGGUCUACACAGCAUGUCUCCACAGAUGAGCGCUGCAGCUGCUGCAGCUGCUGCUGCUGUGGUGGCCUAUGGGCGCUCCCCAAUGGUUGGUUUUGAUCCUCCUCCUCAUAUGAGAGUACCUUCUAUCCCCCCCAACCUGGCAGGAAUACCUGGCGGCAAACCAGCGUACUCCUUCCACGUUACUGCUGAUGGCCAAAUGCAGCCUGUCCCUUUUCCCCCCGAUGCCCUCAUUGGACCUGGGAUUCCCCGACACGCUCGGCAGAUCAACACCCUCAACCACGGGGAGGUGGUGUGUGCAGUGACCAUCAGCAACCCCACAAGGCACGUGUACACAGGUGGCAAGGGCUGCGUUAAGGUCUGGGACAUCAGCCACCCCGGCAACAAGAGCCCCGUCUCUCAGCUGGAUUGUCUGAAUAGAGAUAACUACAUCCGUUCCUGUAAAUUGCUACCUGAUGGCUGUACUCUCAUAGUGGGAGGGGAAGCCAGUACUCUAUCCAUCUGGGACCUGGCAGCUCCAACUCCCCGAAUAAAGGCAGAGCUGACAUCCUCAGCCCCUGCCUGUUACGCUUUGGCCAUCAGCCCCGACUCCAAGGUCUGCUUCUCAUGCUGUAGUGACGGCAACAUCGCAGUGUGGGACCUGCACAACCAGACCCUGGUGAGGCAAUUCCAGGGCCACACAGAUGGAGCCAGCUGUAUUGACAUUUCUAAUGAUGGCACCAAGCUCUGGACAGGCGGUUUAGACAACACUGUGAGGUCCUGGGACCUGAGAGAAGGGAGGCAGCUGCAGCAGCAUGACUUCACUUCACAGAUCUUCUCCUUGGGAUACUGCCCAACUGGGGAGUGGCUUGCUGUGGGCAUGGAAAGCAGCAACGUGGAAGUGCUGCAUGUGAACAAGCCUGACAAGUACCAGCUGCACCUCCACGAGAGCUGCGUGCUGUCCCUGAAAUUUGCUUAUUGUGGCAAGUGGUUUGUGAGUACUGGAAAAGACAACCUCCUAAAUGCCUGGCGGACACCGUAUGGAGCCAGCAUCUUCCAGUCCAAAGAAUCUUCAUCAGUACUUAGCUGUGACAUCUCUGUGGAUGAUAAAUACAUAGUCACUGGCUCAGGGGACAAAAAGGCUACCGUUUAUGAGGUCAUCUACUGAGAACACCACGGCUUCAUAUUUACAGUUGGAUUGGGCCAAAUGUUUGGAAUUUGUAGAAAUAGAAGUUAUAAUUUAAAAAAAAAAAAAAACAGAAACAACAUCAAGAAACCUGAAGAAACCUGUUUCCAGAUCUUGACACAGAACUGCUUUGAGUCUACAAAGAGAAGGCAACGAGCCUUAUGAGUAGACAGUCUACCUUUGGGCACCACAGUCACACAGUCACAUAGGUGUGGGAUAGAGGAGCUACUACCUGCUGUCAGUCCUGCCUUGGCCAACUGUGAGCUUACCCUUCUGUUCCUUGCAGUUCAGUUCACCUUGAGUCCUUUGUAGAGCAGUGGUGUCUGCAAUGAACUUGUUUCUUGGUUUUGCAUCUUGUGAUUUUUUUUUUGUAUUUUUUUGUUGUUUCAACAUUUGUAUAAAUUGUAAAUAUAUUUGGUUUAUUACAGUAAAA